UAAAAACCUAUAACAAUUUUUGAAGAGUCAGUAUAAAAUAUAUAUGAGUUGCUGGGCAUUUUGUUUAUAUGUCUUUGUAUGUUAUAGUAUAAGGUUGAUUGUAUGAUCUUUCUUUUGUUUUGCAGUGGAGUACUGUUGUGAAAAUCAUGAAGAGAGCCAAGGUUGAAAUUGAAGGAUAUCUUCAUGACGUCUCUGAAAUUUUGGAAGGGGCUGAUCAUCACAAGUAUUUUACAGCGUUAAUACAAGAAGCGGAAAGAAACAGUCGAGUAGUGGUAUUUGAUCUUCAAAGACAUGAUGUGUUUCGGAGUGCGGAGAAAGACAGGACACCUGUAAGACUAUGUAAUGUAGACCUUUCUCCCUCACGUCAGAGAAGUGGUGAAGUUGACGUAAUUGUUAGCACAGCAUCCUUGCUGAGAUGUGUGCGUCAGCUUAACUUUGUAUUUGAUGAGUCGUCGCAUGAUGUUGUGAACGAUGUGACCGUGCAGCAUAUUUUGCAAGAGGGCCGCGAAUAUCAAAGGGUGAAUGUUACCAUCAAAGUUUUGCAGUUGUCUGAAGAUAGACAAGGCAUGACCCGUAGCCACCAAAGAAUGGCCAGGCGAUCAUAUGAUGUCGCAGACCAGACAAACAGUGUCUCCUUGACAGUCUGGGGUGGUGAUGGGUUGCAAGUUGGCAAGUGGUAUAGACUGACUAAUACAUCUAUUCGGAAAUUUGGUGGAUGUACGUGUUUGUCUACAACAGCACAGUCAAAAAUUACAAUUGUGCCGGAUGUUUCAUGCACUGUGGCACACAUAAUGGAAAACUUCGACCGAAAGGAAGGUGAAAUUAUCACAGCAGAGGUGAAGGUAGAAUAUGUGUGCCCAAGGCAGCAUCCUUUGCCUUCAGUGAAUCUGGCAACAUCACUUACCAGAUGUCAGCAAUGUGAUGCUUUCUGCCGUACAUCCAGAGUUGUGUCGGUAUUGAGAGGUAUUGUUACCAUUGAAGACAGCAGUGGCAAAAUGAACAAUUUUGUUCUGGAUGACUUUCUCCUUCGGAAACUUCUGAAUGUGCCAAGUGGCAGCACUCCGGAUCCUGAUGUUCUCGUUAUGAGAUUGCUUGGUGAGGGAUCUAGUCACCUCCAUGUAAAGUUUCGUGGACAGCGUGUUCUGGAUGUGGCUUUUGUGGCAGAUGUGAACACAACAAGUUCAUCCUCUGUACCACAGAGUACAGAGUGCAAAGCAAGCUCAUCUAACAUGGGCGAUGAUCUAAGUGAUGAUCUGAUGCUGCAAGAAAUUUUUUCAGAAGUUCAAACAGAAGAGUCAGCAAAUUUGGAUGCAGAAGAGAAGGAUGAAGGAUGUGUAGAAAAGCAAGAAGGCUCUAAUACUUCAGAAGGCUCUGUUGGAAAGCUAACGCAGGAAAGAAGAGAAGAAGUGCUUGGAGUUGUGGCUGAAGAGUGUCGGAAAGGUUCUCAAAAGGGUGUGAAGGCAAAGAGUAAGAAAUAAAGUGUAUUUCUCGAGUUUGGUACAAUGUGUAAUUUUUUAUAGAUGUAAACUUUGACUUGAAUUGUUUGGGUGGUAGUUAUCUGAGACUAGUAUAAUGUUCUAGCUGAAUAAGAGAUUUAAAAAGCAGUGUUUUUUUUUUUUUUUUUUUUACUACAAUACUGUAUUAAUCAGUCAUAUUGUAAUUGUACAACACGACAGACAUUUAGUAUUUGGUCUUAUUACAAGAGUGUUACAUUGCUGUUGUGUGUUCUUUUUUUUUCAUUACUAGAAUGAAACAGUUGUUUGGUAAUGACAGGUACUACUUUACGAUUUUCUGUCAAUUUCCUCUUGAUUACUGCUACUUGUUUAUGUGCAAUGUUGAGAAAAGCAUCUGAAAAUGGUGUUCUUUAGAUGCUUGAGUUUUGACAAGUUUGUAAAUUGUUUUGAAGUUAUUUUUGGGAAGGUUAUGUUUUGUGUUCAUUUGUGAUAUAGUUGUGAUUGUAUACUUAAUAAGAGCCCCUUAUUUAAUAUUGUCAAAUUGCAUAUGUUUUUGUUUAAUAUUCAGGGAAAGAGACUGUUUAAAAAAGAAUUUUACAUUUCUGGAGAUUUUUACAGAUUCAUUUUGAGUAUCUUUCAGUAUUGUGAGACAUUUUGUAUUUGUGUAAUGUUUAUUUUUGAUGUGAAUGUAUAACUUAUUGGAUUGUUACAGUAAAAUUAAUCAUUUUAGACAAUGUUAAAUAGAUACUGUUGUUGUUAUGGGCCCAACAUGUCAGUUUUGUUAAAAUUUUGCACCGAUUGUGAAAAAAAGUGGAAUUAAAGUUAACUAUUGCUCAUUGAAAGCAGUUUUGUUCUAAUGCUUUUGCUGACUGUCGAAUCAGUACUCUGGCUUAAAAGCAUCAUUUUGGAAACUUAAUAGUUCCCUCCUUG